AUGGCAUUGCUUCAGCUUCUAAUUCUAGUAUUGUGCAUAAUAUGUCACAAAGUUGAUGCAAGAAGUCACAGCCAACAAGAACGACAUCAAAGGUUUUCCAGAUCUCAAGAAGUCGAUAGCAAUAUUAAUCUGGUUAGUAGAGAAAAUGAAUUUGAUUGUAUUGAUAUCUAUAAACAACCAGGCCUUCAACACCCGCUGCUCAAAAAUCACAAAAUUCAGCUUAACCCAACUUUCACAAGGGCAAGAAAGCAAUACAUUCAGAAAGAUUUUAACGCUGGCAAUUUCAUUGGAUGUCCACCAGGAAAAGUCCCAAUUUACAGAGAAAAAAUGAAACAUCAAAUGAAUUUUAAUUCUAUGGAAUCACAAAUUGAGAAUUUUCCACUAUAUCCUCGGGAAUUGCCUAUUGAACGUUAUGUUACCCUUGAUACAACUCCAAAUACAACAUACCAUGGAGCUUAUGCAAAUGUCAAUAUAUGCGCCGUAUCGCCGCUACAAAAGAAUCAGUAUAGCUUGGGUCAAAUUUAUGCACAAGGUGGUCCUCCUGCAGAACUUAAUACUAUACAAGCUGGUUGGGGAGUGUCUCCAGAUUUAUAUGGAGACAGUAAAACGAGAUUAACUGGCUUUUGGAAAGUCCAAGGAGAUCAAAAAUCUGCUGGAUGCUUUAAUGUGCUGUGCCCGGGUUUUAUCCAAGUCCAUCAAACUGUUGGCUUUGGAACUAUCCUUGAGCCUUCUCAAACUGGAUCGACAACAAAAUUAUAUUUAAAUUUUAUAAUCGAACAGGAUAAUCAAUUAGGUAACUGGUGGUUAACGCUGAAAGGAAACAUAAAUAUUGGAUAUUGGCCAAAAGAUAUUGUCCCCCACCUAGGUAAUGGGGCAUCUGUGAUCAGAUUUGGAGGAGAAACAGGUUCUAUGGCCAGUGUAUCAAAUCCUCCAAUGGGAACUGGGUAUUUGCCAGAGGCUAAAUAUCGUUACGCAUGUUACUUUGCUCGAUUGAAGAUUUUGGAUUCGCAGUUUAAGGAGCAAGAAGUAAAGCCUGAUGACAUGAAGAUUUAUCGCAACGCUGACCCUAAAUGCUAUGACCUCUUGUAUCCUGGUUAUUCGGGAGAACAACAUAGGCAAGCGUUUCUCUAUGGUGGUCCUGGUGCCCCUGCUGACCAAUGUGGUCCACUAUGAUUAUUGCUUUUGUAGUAUAUAUAAGGUGGUGGUGUUAUUAAUAAAACAAAUAAUAUUAA